AUGCAAUUUAGGCGCCCGUGGUCGGUCACGCAUAUCGUCACACUCAUUCUUGCGGCUCACUCUAGUUCGCUCUCAAAUGCUUCGGUCAUUGCACAGGCAGAUUGGUACACGAACUCGCAUACAAGACCCCGGAAUUGUGCAAGACUGCGAUGUUACUCGAGCACUGGUACGCCGUCACCUUCGACGCCUGCAACGGGCGGGUCAGGCCAACAAAACUCAGAAGGCCAAAGUCCUGACUCAAGGUCUAUCUUCGAGUCGAAAAACGUCUGGGACCAUGUUUUCAAAGACAUCAAUGAGAUGCCUCCCCUCCUCCCAUCGGCCGUCCGCAACCUACGCUCUACGGCGAACAAGUCCGAACACAGCCGUCACGCACGGCGGCAGACCAUGACAGCCCGCGAAAUCAACGCCUUCGAUGACAUGUUCAACAUGAUCUUCAACGCUGUCUCCGAGCAAAAACUCUCCUCUAAAGGCCCUAAUGAGGGCCCUGGCAUCGGGCGCGACGCUGCUUCGGUGGGGGACCUGUUUGGGAAGCUACGCCGGCACUCGAAACGCUUGAAGUGGACGUCGGAGUUCGACGAGCUGCUAGACCGGAAGAAAGAGGCGAUCAACCUGUGUGAUAACGACCAGCAGCUGCUGGAGUGGGGGAUGACGGAGGUGUUCGGCGAGUCGCAAAAAUACGAAGCAGCGUGGCGCGAGUCGCCCGAUCUCCCUAUGCAGCCCCCGACCUACCCCCACCUUCUCGCGCUCCUCAUAAAAGAGUUCCGGGACAAAUACGGCGACCCGAACCUCGCGCUCGCGAUAUUCAACUACGCGAAGAAUCUGUCGAUCGCUUCCUAUGUGUUCGGAUGCUCGACACAGGCGUACAAUGAACUCAUCGAGACGAGGUGGAGUUCGUUCCAGGAUCUGAAAGGCGUGCAUGAUGCGCUGGAAGAGAUGCUCGUGAACGGCGUAGAGCUCGAUAGCCGCACAAGGAAGUUGGUGGAUACUGUUCGCCGCGAGAUUGGCGGACAGCAAGCUGGGUGGCGGGAGGUUAACGAUGUCUUUGGGAAGGAGAUGUGGAAUCUCAUGACGAAGAUCGAUGGGCUGGUCAAGGCAGGAACACCAGAGUCUCCUGACGGUAGGCUGCGCUUGGACGAGUGGAAGACUAUCGGUGACGACGACGACCGAGGUUGGGACUUUGACUCAUGGAGCGGCUCAAGUCGACAUGACGAACCGCGCGACAGAUCCAAGAGCUUCUCGUCCCGCUUUUCAUGA